AUAUUCAUGUUAUCCUGCAGAUACUACUAUUUGGUUAACUAUCUUUCCUACAAACAUGGUACUAAGAGUGAACAUCGACCAAAUAGAACCAGCAACACGAGAUUGGAUUUGCAAAGUUCAAAUUGUCGAAAUAGGCCGCCCACGAGAAAGCCUUGACAAGAAAUGUACAUUCCAAAAUUUAAUUUUGGAAGAUGAAGAGGAAUGCCAAAUUAAGGCAGUUAUGUACACUGACGAAAUUGCGCAGUAUGCAGCUACGCUUAAACUCCUCAAUACCUACCUCAUCUCUACUGCAAAAGUGAAAGUCUCACCAACUUCAUACGGCAAACCAAUACAUAAUUUUUACUGGAUUCUUGACAAAGAAACAAUAAUUGAACAAAUCAAAGCAUCUCAUGAAGUUGAAAAACCACUUUCACCGCCAACUAAGCUGAAUAUCACCAGCUUUGACCGCAUUCCUCAUCUGAUGGUUGAUUCUGCUGCUGAAAUAGGAAAAAUCAGUUUCUCUUCACUCUAUGGGAGGAUUUUGGAGAAAUAGAAGGACAUGAAAUUUCCUCAAAAAUGGCAACAUAGGCAGAUCUGCUUGUAAUCCUCGGAAGGAGUAUAAGAAUCUCUACUUAUCAAGGUACGUAUGUGCUCAACUUCUUACCAACAUAAUUUUAUAUAAUAACAAAACAAUAUACAACCUAUGUGUUAUACAAGGUUGUCACUGCAGACUAGGUACAAUUCGACAGUACGUGUAAAUCCUAAUUACCCACAGGCAGUGGCACUCAUCAACUUGGCAAAAGAAAACAAAACAAUGUUGUUAGGUUCUCCAUCAGAGAAAACCUCAACAAGCUCAUCUAUCACUCCCAUGAUAGUCACUCCUGCUGGCCAACAACUUAUCUCUAUUGCACAAAUCUCAUCAGCACCUUCUAUGGGAGUGUUCUAUGUUGAAGCAGAGAUGGCCAUAUUAGAUGAGUUCCAAGACUUUUGUGUGCUUGAAUGCUCAGGAUGCAAACAGAAGAAGCGGACAAAGGAUAGAAAGGAUUUUGAAUGUCCAAAAUACAAUCGG